GUGCUGUGGGGCACAGGCAGGAGCAGGACCUGGGAGAGAGGGAUGCCUUGGUCAUCACUGUGUCCAGCGGGGGACCCUGGGGAGACUGGGCCUGGCCGGAGAUGGGCCCCAAGGGCUGCUAUGCCAGCAGCGUUGGCUUCAAGGUAGAGCCGCCCCAGGAGGUGAUGGGGGAUGACACAGCACUCAACGGGAUUUAGCUGCACUGCUCCCGCAGCAGGGACCUCAGUGGCAGCUACACAGAUGAGUCCCAGAGCGGCAG